AAAAGGUAAUAAGUGAAACUGCAAUUUUAAAAAUGGGAAAAUAGGUGGCUGGGUGCAGUGGAUCAUGCCUGUAAUCCCAGCACUUUGGGAGGCCAAGGUGGGCCACUCACUGGAGGUCAGGAGUUUGAGACCAGCCUGGCCAACGUGGUGAAACCCCGUCUCUACUAAACAUACAAAAAUUAGCUGGGCAUGGUGGCACGCGCCUGUAGUCCUGGAUACUCAGGAGGCUGAGGCAGGAGAAUCACUUGAGCCCGGGAGGCGGAGGUUGCAGUGAGUCUAGAUUGUGCCACUGCAUGCCAAGCUGGGCAACAGAGUGAGGCUCGGUCUCAAUAAAUAAAUAAUUAAUUUAAAAAAUGGGAAAAUAGGAAGUGAAAUGUAAUCAUAUGCAUUCCUAAUUUCCAGGGAAUGGGUCAUCUUCUCCUCAGGGUUCUGAAUGAAGAUUGUGCCAAUUAAAAGGUGCCCUGGUUGGCCACAAAGCCCAGAGCUAGAAAUAGAAGGAACACAAUGGAAACACCAGCUGUCAGAAGCUGCAGCAGGACCUCAAGAACGAUGCUGCAAACAUCUAAUGAGAAAUAGAAAACUUCUUACAAGUCCCAUAACUAAUGUCGAUGAGACAAUGCUGAAGACGAGCCUGAAUUUAAUAAAUCUUUUAAUAUUUCCACAGCUGGGCCUGCUUACUCGGGGCUGGUGGACCAUUUUCUUAAAUAAGGCAUGGCGCUGGUCUGACAUUAGUUUAACAAGGUAAUUAUCAAGUGAAAAAUAGCUGCUGCACUGCUGUGAACCUGAAUAAUAACUCUCAUAAUUACUGAUUUUGGGCCUAUCUUUUAAAAAAAUAAUAGAGCUCUAAGUACUAAAGCAUUUUAUAAGAAAUACAUUCCAGUACAGUGUCUAGAAGCAUGGAGAACUAUUAAGGAUAUAAUUAGCAGUUUAUUUACAUAAUCAGUCAAACACCGUUUAUCAUUUCUCUUAUGGUCCUAUUGAAGGAAAGCAAAUAAGCAUGAGAAUUAAGUUAUUUUAUGCAGGCAAAUUUGAAAAAGAGAAUUAUUAUUAAUUGUUUUAAAGCUUGAAGGUUGAACUUUCUAAAUGCCUCAAGUGAACACUGAAUAAGUAUAGUUGAGUUUACCAAAUGCUAGUACUUCUCAUAUAUGACAUGACAAACAUUUCCAGAGGAAAUUUUACACGGACAAAUACAUCUCUCAGCUAGCUAACUUUAAUCUUUGGAAUAUUUUCAAAGCUUGAAUUAAUUCUGAAAACACAGACACAAAUAAUUAUCCUUUACCUGAGAACCAUCUCAGGUGGUUGAUUUUUAUCCGGAAUAUCGGAAUAUGAGAGUAACAUGGAGUUACCAUGUGUGUCUAUGAGGAAAUACCCUCCCAAGCAUUACUGACUGGGACAAGCUCAUAAUUAGAUUUUGAAAGAACUCUUCUUUUUUCAUUGUUUUCAGUGUAACAACCUCAUCCUGACAUAGCAAAUGAUGCAUUUUUCAAAGUAAAAAAAGACAAACAAUCAAACUGCAAAGAAGAUUAUUCAAAGGCAGGACUAAGUCAGACAUAAUGUAUUUUUUAAGGAAAGUUUGUAAAAAUAAUGUAAUAUUGCUUUCGAUAAAAUGGAGAACAAAUUUUGAUGUGUAAGGGAGUGAUGCUGCUGUGUUUCAUUAAAUGGGAGGGGCUUUAUCACCAGGCUCCCAGGUGACCUUAUGUCCUCCUUUUUCAGAUCUUCAGAAUGAUAAUUAGUGUCAUCAUUGUCAAGUUCAAGUUCUCCUGACUUGUUGAAAAGCCAAAAAUACAUAUUGUGACAGGGAAGUUCCCAUCAAAGAGUAGUAAGGAGAAUACCAAUUGGGAAAGGACAACUUCAUAAAAAUAAACAAGUAUGGCAUAAUGGUUUGUGAAGUUGAUUCUUCUGGAAUGAAUAAUAAAAGCAAAAUACAUGAAGGCACCCAGUUCUGUAAGCUCCUGAAUUCAAGUACUCCAAUAUGAUUACCUUGAUUAAACAAUAAAUAAAACAUACCCUGAUGGGUAAUUUUGUCAUGGAGCCUCUACAUUCUUAAUGAAAUCCAUCUGAACAUUGCUUAAUACAGUCGUAGAAGAGUGCUAAUUUGACCUGACUUCAACAAAUGCUUUAUUUUACCUCAUCUGCAUAAAUAAGGUGUGUUCACAGUUCUAAAACAUGACAUGAAUGUGAAGAUUAAGCUACACAUUGGAUUGUGGGGGAGGAUACCUGGAUUUGGCUCACUCCACUAAACCAAAAUAUCACCAACCAUUAUUAUCUAAAAGAAAUACUGCUUCUCGCGGCGCUCGAGGGACCAUGGCCGAUCCUCGCGUGAGACAGAUCAAGAUCAAGACCGGCGUGGUGAAGCGGUUGGUCAAAGAAAAAGUGAUGUAUGAAAAAGAGGCAAAACAACAAGAAGAAAAGAUUGAAAAAAUGAGAGCUGAAGAUGGUGAAAAUUAUGACAUUAAAAAGCAGGCAGAGAUCCUACAAGAAUCCCGGAUGAUGAUCCCAGAUUGCCAGCGCAGGUUGGAAGCCGCAUAUUUGGAUCUUCAACGGAUACUAGAAAAUGAAAAAGACUUGGAAGAAGCUGAGGAAUAUAAAGAAGCACGUUUAGUACUGGAUUCAGUGAAGUUAGAAGCCUGAAACUUUUCUCGUAUGGGGUGGUUUUUGCAUUAAAUCCUGGGGUCCAUUUUACAAUCCAUUAUUUUUGACCACUGCUAUGUGUUCAAGUAGUAUGAGAAUGUGAUUGUUUUUAUCUGGUUACAUAUAUAUUUCUUUGUCUAAUUUAAUAUGUCAAAUAAAUGAGUUCAUCUAAUAAAAAAAAAGAAAGAAAGAAA